AGAAUUAGAAUUAUUAUAAAUUAAAUAAAAGAGGCAUGAAAUACACAAUAAUAAUCAAUACGCUUCUAGGAUAACGUAGUGUUAAAUUGACUUUGUGACGAUUAUUAUAACUCGUGUCUAAUAUGAAUAAUUUUAAGGAUAACAAGAAUAAAUCUGCGCUCAGUACAAGAUGGGCUCAAAUGUCGAAACAGGAACAAAUUAUAGAGCGGAAAAAGAUGGAAAUACAGGCGAAACUAGAGGCUCAAAAGCAGGCUGCAGCUUUGGCAGCCCAAGCGAAGUUAACAAAUUUAGGCUCAAAAGAUGACAAAAACCCUUCAAACAUCUUCUCCAACGAUGGCAGCUUCAUGAGCCAGUACAAGGCUUUGCUAGAAAAACAAAAACAGGAGAAGGAAGAUAAAGAGAGACAAGCACAGCAAGAAGAAACUAAAGCUAUGGCUGCCAUCAUGCCGGAGUAUUCUGAAGCUCCUCAUAAAGAAUCAAAGGAGUAUUCACACCAUGACCAUAAUGAGAGACGGAGGUCAGACAAAGGCAGCAGAGAUAGACGUAGAUGGAGUGACAGAGGCAAGAACCGCCCUAAUAGUCCAAUGGAUGACAGAAGGCAAUCAGACAACAUCCCACCACUAAUGCAAAUUCCAUUCAUGCCACCAGACCAAGACCCAAACCAUGAUAACUGGCAGGGAAACAGAGACCCUAACUCUAACGGAGAAGGGCUUGAAGGCAUGGGAUAUCCAGACUCUAAUAUGAGACAUAUGAUGAGACCAGGCCCGAAUGUGGGUCCUAGAGGUCCUGGACCAAACAUGGGCCCUGGACCUGGACCUAAUAUGGGACCUAGACCAGGAAUGAACAUGGGACCUGGUCCAAUGAUGGGACCAGGAGGCCCUAACAUGCCCCCAAUGCCACCAGGCGGACCUAUGCCUCCCGGAGGACCUAUACCGCCUUUCAUGGGCGGCCCUCCUAACUACCCAAUGCCUCCUAAUUGGGGUCCUAAUGGACCAGGCGGACCCUGCGGUCCGGGCCCUAUGCCUCCUAACAUGUGUGGCCCUAAUGGUCCAAUGCCGCCUUUCUUUGGCCCGCCUUUCCCCCAAAUGCGCCCUAAUGGUCCACCAGGCCCACCUGGUCCUCCCAGACCUCCCGGUCCUCCUAACUCAAUGAUGCCCCCAAAUUCAAUGAAUAAUGGCCACAUGCCGUUCAUGGGUCGUCCUCCAUUCGGUCCCAAUGGCCCCAACUUCAAUAACGGCAAUGGCAACAUGCCGUUUAUGCCGCCAAAUAUGAUGCCGCCAAACAGCAUGCCCAACAAUAUGCCACCUAGUAACAUGCCUCCUAGCAAUAUGCCUCCAAGUAGCAUGUCUUUACACAAUAUUCCUGAACCAAAGCCUUUGGAUUCAAUGCCGGAGAUGAACAUACAGAACAUUCCCCCGCCCCUGCCUCAGCUCAGUCACAUUCCAUCGCCAAAGGACGAACCAACAUCACCAGCAAAUCAAGUUUCCUCUGCAGAUUGGCCGCCAUCGGUGCUCCGCGCUGCCACGGAGGUCGCCAGGAACGGCGACCACUGGGAAAAUGUCCUGAAGGCAAUUCACUCACAAGACCAAAAUAUGUGGUUCCUUCAUAAUACGAAUUCUAAGGAGUACAAGGAAUUCCGGGAGCUAGUGGAAAAGUUCCGGAAGGAGAGCCCGGAGAGGAAGCCGGAGAUCAAGCCUGAGGAUGUCUAUGAGCCCGAGUUCUGCUUAGAUGAGGAUUAUGACAGUGAUGAUGAUUACAAGGCAGCAGAUAAAAAGUUUAGUUUUGGCGACCAAGACUCCCAAAAACCCUGGAACCAGUUUAACCUAGGCAGCUCAGUGAAACGAGAGGCGAGCUCACAGAGCGACGACGAAUCCGACAGCAAGCGGGAGCGCCGCAAGAAGAAAUCUCGCUGGGGCGACGAGCCCCCGGUGGCGGAUAUCAAGCCCCCGGGCGUAAUGGCUCCCUUACCGCCCGGCAUGGCCCCUUUACCGCCCGGUAUGGGCCCUUUACAGGGUAUGCCGCCAAUGCCGCCCGGUAUGCCACCGAUGCCGCCUCUGCCAGGGAUAAAGCUUGCUAAAGUAGAAGACGAUGGUUUCAAACUCACAAACGUGAACCGGGCCAACCCGGCUCUGAUGCAGUAUGCCAUGACCAACUAUGGAACCAUAAACUUGAGCGCCGAGGAUUGGAAGAAGUGUGAAGACAACUUCAAACUCAAUCUGCUGUUCCAGGAUAUGUUGAAAAAGAGACAGGAAGUGGAGCGCCUGGCGGCAUCAGGCAAACAUAAGUACGAGUAUGACAGCGACGAAGACACCGCUGAAGGCACAUGGGAACACAAGUUACGCGCAAAAGAAAUGUACGCGACAGAAAAGUGGGCGGACGAGCUGACGAAACAAGCCGCCGGGAAACAUCACAUCGGGGACUUCCUGCCCCCCGAGGAACUGAAGAAAUUUAUGGAGAAGUAUUCUGCCGUGAAAACUGGCAAGGAGCCAGAUUUGAGUGACUACAAGGAGUUUAAACUGAAAGAGGAUAAUGUUGGUUUCAAAAUGCUGCAAAAGUUGGGCUGGAGCGAGGGUCAGGGGCUCGGCUUGGAAGGCACUGGUAUCGUCGACCCCAUCAACAAGGCCAACCAACCGGUCGCCAACAUGGGCCUAGGUGCUGCCUCCUCUGACGGGGUGUCUCCUGAUGACGAUGAGUUCGACGCCUACAGGAAGCGCAUGAUGCUCGCUUACCGGUUCAGACCCAACCCUCUGGUGAGUACCCUAUGUCAGUGCCACAACCGGUCGCCAACAUGGGCCUAGGUGCUGCCUCCUCCG